GGCGUCUCCGCGUUCGGUUUGGAAGGUUCGCAGCAGAACUCACACCAGGGCUACGGCCGAGGGUUGGCUGUGCCGGUACUGGGAGCGCGUUCUCCGGAGAAUCCUGUCUGGGACCAGGGUGGCCCGGCCGGCUCGGCGCUGCGUUUGGCCCGUCUCGGGCAGCCAGGUGCCCUGGGAAAUUAAGAGUGGUUUUCAGUCAAGAGACUUUGUCCGCUUGGGUUCCUGGAGAAUGGAAUCACCAGAAGCCCCCGCAUCAGUCAGAGCUGCCAGGUUUGGGAAGGGCCUGCUGAGCUGCUGAUGCCCCCAUGUCUUCCUUCCUCAGAGCACCCAGGAUGGGCACCCCAGCCUCUGUAGUGAGUGAGCCACCCCCUUGGCAGGCCCCGAUGGUGGCCCGGGGCCGCAAGCAGGCCGCGGCCAACAUCUUCCAGGAUGCUGAGCUGCUGCAGAUCCAGGGUCUGUUUCAGCGCAGCGGGGACCAGCUGGCUGAGGAACGGGCACAGAUCAUUUGGGAGUGUGCAGGGGACCACCGUGUGGCGGAGGCCUUGAAACAGCUGCGCAGGAAGAAGACCCCACGGCAGAAGCCCCUGGGCCACUCGCUCUACCACUGCAGCCGGCUCAGAGUCCCAGAAGCCCGCUCUCCACUGGUCGACCCACAGAGUAGUGCUGUGGAGACAGCCACCAGUGAGCAGUAUCUGAACUCUCGGAGGACAAGUGCCAGGAUCCGCCGGAACUGGAGGAAGCCAAGCCCUACAAGCUACCUCCACCGGAUCAGACACUGAUCCAGGGAAGGGGCCGAGAACAGCAGUAUCUUUCCCAGGAAACACAGGGACUUCUGCUAAAAGGCUUAGAGCGUGGAGAAGGAACAGAGACUUGAGGUGGGUGGCCCACAUGAGAAAAUGAAAGGAAGAGACCACUGCCACUGGUCUGUUCAAUUCAGAACAGGACUAGAGGCCUGUUACAUCGAACCCAUUCCUCACCAGACUGAGAAAAAACCCAGCAGUUCCUGCCUCAGCCCUCGCCAACCUAACACUAUACCUGGGCUGCAUGAUAUUCCCCCCAGGAGGCAAGUGACCAGCAUGCUGGCUCAGCAUAUCACUCCUACUGCUGAUCCUCCUGCUACUGUAACCCAUGAUCCAGUAGCCCAUCCCACACACCUGCCCCUUGUCAGGCCAGCACAAGGACACUGUGGACCAAGUGGCAAAUAAAAACAUUUGCAUCAAGAA